CUUGUCCCUGUCUUUCAGUACUUCAGAGCAGACAGAGGCAUUGAGGAGAUAAAAGAAGAAAGUGGGUGUAGUGGUGAUGAGCAGAGGAGGCAGAGGAGCUCAAGUUCAGCAGAAGAAAAGGAGGAGGCCUAACCUGGACCUGCUGUACCGACACUGUACUCAAGACUGCAGCCUUUCCUCAAUAGAUAUGAGUGGGACAUUGCAGUGUGGUCUGCUGGCAGCUGCUUGAUGUGUUUCACUAUGAAUGUUUCCUUGCUGCUGCCUGGUCUGCUGUGGCUCCUGGUUGUCUCCAUGUGCGAUCAGCCAGUGGGAACAAAGAGACAAGAAUCAAUGGAUUCAUCUGAGAACCACAGCACUCACCUCCGGGGACUCUGGAAGUUACACAUGAGGGACAUCCUGCUGAAAGGAAAAGGUUCUACUCAUCAUCCAAUCAGUGAAGGGGUCAGACAGCAGCUGCUCUACUGCCGUGUUGGGAUUGGCUACCAUCUCCAGAUUCUUCCCAGUGGCUCUGUUGGUGGUGUCCACAAACCCACUGAAUACUCUUGGCUGAAGGUGUUUGCUAUGAAGCAAGGAGUGGUGGGAAUCAAAGGAGUCAAGAGUAGCUUGUACCUCUGUAUGAGUGGACAAGGACUGGCAUACGGAGCAGAGCAGUUUUUUGAUGACUGCCUGUUGAAAGAGAACCUGGAGGAGAAUCACUACACCACCUACUCCUCUCUAUCUCAUCCAGGUUUCUACCUGGCUCUCUCCCAAAAGGGAGAACUUAGGAAGGGCAACAGUGUGGGCCGCCAUCAGUCUUGCACCCACUUUCUCCCUCGUAGAACACUGUGAUCAGGGUCCACUACCAACCAGCUUUUUCAGAACUGGAGCCAGAUUUGAAAUAUUGUGAGUUUGUGAGGAAAGCAACAGCGUGGCAAU